AUGAAAUACUCUAGAGGCAUGGAGAAAGGGAACCACACUGUAACUGAAUUUAUCCUUCUUGGUUUCACCCAGGAUCCUGUGAUUCAACUCAUGUUAUUUGUACUUUUUCUCAUUGUAUAUUCUAUGACACUGAUGGGGAAUAUUACUUUGAUAGUAUUAAUCUAUACUGACUCCCGGCUGCAUACUCCCAUGUAUUACUUCAUUGGGAAUCUGUCUUUUCUGGACCUCUGGUAUUCCUCUGUUUAUACCCCUAAAAUCAUGGUGACCUGUAUCUCCGAAGACAAACUCAUCUCCUUUGCUGGAUGUUUGGCUCAGUUCUUUUUCUCAGCAGGCCUGGGAUAUAGUGAGUGCUACCUGUUGGCUGCCAUGGCAUAUGACCGCUACGUAGCCAUCUCCAACCCACUGCUCUAUGCUCAGGCCAUGUCUAAAUGGUUAUGCAUGUGUCUGGUUGCCAUUUCCUACAUUGGUGGUUUUAUUAAUGCUACCAUACUUACUAGCAAUACAUUUACUCUGAGUUUCUGUGGGGAUAAUGUCAUUGAUGAUUUCUUCUGUGAUGUUCCACCUUUGAUAAAACUGACAUGUGAUGUGAAGGACAGUUACCAGGAGGUACUGUAUUUCCUCUUGGCUUCCAAUGUUAUCACUCCUAUUGUACUAAUAUUUGCCUCCUAUCUCUUCAUCAUUGCUUCCAUCUUGAGAAUUCGCUCUACACAGAACCGACUGAAAGCCUUUUCUACAUGUUCCUCUCACUUGAUUUCUGUUACCUUAUACUUUGGCUCUGUUCUCUACAUUUAUUCUCGUCCAAGUUCCAGCUAUUCCCUGGAGCGGGAUAAAAUUGUCUCGACAUUUUACACAGUGCUCUUCCCCAUGUUGAACCCCAUGAUCUAUAGCCUGAGGAACAAGGAUGUAAAAGAAGCCCUGAAGAAACUCUGCAAAAUUACAGCUUCCUGA